AUGUCCGCACAACAAAUCGUUGGAAUAGCUGUUCUCAAUUUCUUCAUGCGGCAUAUCACUUCAAAAGUGAUCUCCAUGAUGACUUUGUAUGCACUCAAUAUUGUGUGUCUCAUCAUCCUCCUUUGUGUGAACUACCGUAUUACAAAAGCAUUAGCCGGAACUGGUGCCACACUCUCAACACGAUAUCAAAUCACAGAGAAUAUACGAACUAUAAGAGUGCUUCUUCCUACGGUGCUCUGCGAUGCGCUUGUGUCAGCAGUGGAUGUAUCUGGAGCGCUGUUCUUCGGUCUCGAACACGUGUUCCAAGUGUCAAGAUGUACUGAAGAUCACUAUAUUUCUGCAUUUUAUGGAUUCACUUCGAAGGCCACUCGUAGACUCAUGUUCCGUUACAUUAGCACUUUCAAAUCACGGCACAUUACGCUGAAACUUCUUAAAAGCAAAGCCCUUGCUUGCAGUAUGGGAGAAGUCAAGCCUAGAACAGUGCCCUUCUCACUGACACGCUCCUUUUCACUCUCCACAAAGCCUUGGUGA